UUUCAUUGUGAAGCAGAGUUGAUUAUAAGUAGCUACAAAUAUUCCUACCUGGCCUGCUUCAUAACACCAAAGAGACAGAGAGAGUUUCUUGGUGGUUUAUAGAUCAGAUAAUCGUCAAGACAUCCAGAUCGAUCGAUGGCUCUCUCUGGUCAUUGGGUUUUUGCUUUUGGAGUCCUUGGAAACAUUAUCUCAUUCAUUGUCUUCCUCUCUCCACUGCCUACAUUCUACCAGAUUUACAAGAAGAAAUCAGCAGAAGGGUAUCAAUCAAUUCCGUAUGUGGUAGCCCUAUUCAGUUCCAUGCUUUGGAUAUACUAUGCAUUCCUGAAGUCCAACGCCACACUUCUCAUUACUAUCAACUCUUUCGGAUGUUUGGUUGAAACCAUUUACAUCGGCUUCUACAUUUACUAUGCCAACAAGAAAGCCAGAGUACAAACUAUAAAGAUGCUUGUUCUGUUGGUGAUUGUUGGUUUCGGCGCUGUGGCUCUGGUGUCUCAGUUUCUGUUCAAAAGCGCACCAGUUCGGGCCCAGGUUGUGGGAUGGGUUUGCCUCGUUUUUUCACUGUGUGUGUUCGUUGCGCCCUUGUGCAUUGUGAAGCAAGUAAUCAGGACAAAGAGCGUUGAGCACAUGCCAAUUCUUCUAUCAGUUUUCUUAACUGUGAGCGCUGUCAUGUGGUUCUUCUACGGCUUGCUCUUAAAAGACAUAAACAUAGCAGUUCCAAAUGUGCUUGGAUUCAUUUUCGGCAUCCUCCAAAUGGUGCUUUACGCGAUGUACAAAGGCAAAAAACAGGAGGACGAUGAGAAGCGGCUUCCCCAAGUAGUAUUACCUACAGUAGUGGCGUUGGAAGAAAAACAAAAGCUGCCAAAGGAGCUGACCGAGGAACAAAUCGUGGACAUUGUGAAGUUGGGAUCACUCAUUUGCUCCGACAAGAUUAACGUUGCUGCUGCCGCAUGCUGCAGCAUCCAGGACAAGCUACUGCACCAGGGAGGAGGAGGAGGAGGAGGAACUGCUACUGCUGAUCAUAAUAUUAAUAUUCCCACCAAACCACUUGAUGAUGAGACCAACAUCCAACCAGCAGCACUGCAAGUCGUCUAAUCUAAUCUAUAUAUACUCCAUCUCAUGCAUCCAUCUCCUCUCUUGGAAUUGAAGCCUAGCCUAGCCUAGCUUGGCCUCACCUCUUAGACCACAAAAUCAAUCCAUCUGAUCUGGGUGUUUUCUCUUCUCUUUAGUAGUAUAAUAACCCCCCGUACGUAGUACCUAUAUAUGUACCUGUGUUUAUUUCUGUAGUUGUAAACCGUAACUAGGCUAGUUCAACUUCACUUUUAUCAGUAUGCAUGUAACUUUAAUUUGAAUUUUCUCUUGACCCAGAAGAGAAUUUUUAUUUUAUAUUUACAUGUU